AUGCGCUUCUUUGAAAAUAAUCUCGCCGUUGACCAGACGGACCGAACCCCCAUACAAGUGCUUGGUGCCGGUCUCCCUCGUUGUGCAACAAGCUCUCUGCAAGCCGCCCUUGAAUCGCAACACAUCGGUCUGACUCCCUGUAUGCACUUCGCGCAUAUUGCGCCGAACGCCGAACGCGGGGACAUCGUUCUAGCUGCACUCCGGGAGAAGGACUCUACACGGCGUCACAAGCUACUUUAUAAAUUAUUCAAUGGUUUCCAAGCAACCACCGAUUUCCCUGCGUCGAUGUUCAUGGAUGAUCUUAUGGAUAUGUAUCCGGACGCUAAGGUCGUGCUGAACAAGCGGCCUGGUGGCGGCCGCCAGUGGGUGCAGUCGAUCAAGCUGCUUACCUUCGCAGCCUCACCGGUGUACCACGCUCUGUGCUUCUUAUGGAAGACCGACCGCAAUGUGGCUGCCAUGUGGCGCCAGAUUAUGGAGGUCUGUCAGAGCAAACUGAGUCUAACUGCGGACGAGCUUUUGACGGUAAAGCAUUAUGAUGCGCAUAAUGCUUGGAUUCACGCCGAGGCAGCUAAGCGCGGGCGGGAGGUCUUGGAAUUCGAGCCUCAAGAUGGAUGGGAGCCUUUGUGCGUAAUUCUCGGCAAGCAGGUACCAAGAGAUGAGCCUUUUCCUCACCGCAAUGAUGCGUCCGAAGUUCGAAUGGUCGUGAGGAUUCUGUAUGCUCGGGGUGCAAUCUCCUGGCUUGCGCUAGGUGCGGUGGUGUUUAGCACGUUCAAAGAUUGCAAUGGUCAAUAA